GUUGCCUGAGUUAAGAAGGCGCCGAUGAAAUUCAAGUGUCCAUCCACGGACGACCUCGGUCUGUCCAUCAGCGCGCGAGGCGGGCGUUUCAGGGUGCGAGUGAGAGAGAGUCGCGUGGAGGCACGGAGGCGCGCGCAUGAAGAGUGACACGCGAACGAGGGGGAACGGGGGCACGCGCACGACCACACUUUUGUCUUUUUUUUGGACCUUCGCAGAAAACGCAACUUUGUUUUUUUUUUUUUUUUUUUUUUCUUCUUUUUUUUGUUUCCCUUGUCCCCAGCAAACAUAAGGUCUUAUUCUAAUUUCGUGGUGAAGGGACGCGCGUGUCUCUAAGUCCCGCGUGAGGAGCCAGUCUAGACAGAGAACUUGUGGAGGAGACGGGCGUGGACCGCAAGGGCAGGAGUGCAGGAACACCCUGAGAACAUAGCAUCAUCACUAUUAACAAACGCACGCACACACACACAAAAAAAGACACGUAUUUGCGUAGCUGUGCGUCUUUAACUGAAAGCGUGUGUUAAUUGACAGUUCAAUUUAUUGCCUCUUUUCUGACGUCCCCGAAACACCGGGAAGAAACGAAAAGUUGCCAUGGAAACCGUUCUGCUCUUCCUCUGUUCUCUCCUAGUAUAUGUUGUGGCGCGUUCUGAUCCCAACGCACAGGAUGGAAAAGAAAAGGAGGUGAAUCCAUUUGAUUAUGAUUAUGAGAGCCUUCGGAUUGGAGGGUUGGUGUUCGCUGUGGUGCUCUUCGCCUUAGGGGUCCUCCUCAUCCUCAGUCGGAGGUGCCGCUGCAGUUUCAACCAGAAGCCCAGGACCCCUGGGGAUGAAGAAGCUCAGGCAGAGAACCUUAUCAUCUCUAAAGCAAAAGAGGCUCCUAAAGCUGAGAACUGAAGUGACUGCUACAGGUGAGAAAACCAAACUGAAGAUCUGCACAUAUCUGCAUAUGUCUGACAUCGAACCAGGAUUGAUGAUGAUGAUGAUGAUGAUGAUGAUGCCGGUGCAUUGAUAGUGGAGGGACAGGGGAUGGAGGUGGCAGGAGGCGUACCAUGUAAAUAAACUAGCUACCUGUCCCGUGACCAGUGACCGUGUUCGCCUGUCUGUGCCCUGUGCGUCAGUGUGUCUGCAGUUUGCCUUGUUAGCCAGUGACAAUGUAGUAGAGUGUCUCUCACCUUCAGGCUCGCAAACCCUCUUACUGUGAUUAACCUCCUGUGUGAUUUAAUUUCCAGCUACUUUUGAUUUUGUACUUUUGUCAGUUACCCUCACUUCUAUGGUUGUCAGAAUUGUUAUAUUUUGCAAUAUAGAAUAUUAUGAAAUUAUAUAUUCAACAUGAAAACCACAAAUAUUUCUAAGAACACAAGU